AUGGAUGCUAAGUAUGUCACUGCCAAGCAUCGUCAAGAGCAACUCCGAAGGCUCUAUGAAUUGAAGCAGGGUUCUAAGACCGUAGAAGAGUUCUAUGAUGAGUUUGAGAAAGCAAGAAUGGCUCUUGAUCUUGAAGAAGACGAGGAGCAGCUUAUCAUUCGAUUCAAAGAUGGGGGAUAUGGGCAUAUGGCCAAAGAGUGUCCUACUCGGAGGACCAUGCUUAUUCUUGAUGAUAGCACUGUUCAAGAACAAGAAAGUGAACCAGAAGAUGGCAAUGAAAAAGAACUUGAUCAUGAUCUUGAGAAGCCGGAAGGAGAAGAGGAUGAUUUACCCGAAAUGUUUCUUGUGGUGCGGAGAAACUUGAGCACUAUAAGCUUGGAAAAUGAAGAAGAUGUGCAAAGGGAGAAUCUUUUUCAUGCUAGGUGUAGGGUAAAGGGGAAGGUUUUUUCAUUGAUUGUGGAUGGAGGAAGUUGUGCUAAUGUUUCUAGCCAAACUUUGGUUGAGCAAUUGAAACUGCCUACAUUGAAACAUUCCCGACCCUACCAGUUACAAUGGCUCAAUGAGUGUGGUGAAGUGCGAGUUACAAAACAGGUUUUGGUUAAGUUCAAGAUAGGAGCUUACCAAGAUGAGGUAAAAUGUGAUGUGGUACCAAUGCAGGCAUGCCAUUUACUUUUGGGAAGGCCGUGGCAAUAUGACAGAGUUGUGAUUCAUGAUGGCCGAGCCAACACAUAUGCAGUUCAAAGUGAAGGUAAGAGUCUCAUACUCAAGCCUUUGUCACCAAAGCAAGCUAUAGAAGAUUAUUGUCAGAUGAAGGAGUUGAAGGAAGCGGCUAAAAGUAAGGCUAGUAUUGUGACCGAUCCUAAGUCCACAUCACCAUCGCUGGGUAACGAAAAGGUAUGUGCAAUCAUGCAACCGGGAGAGUACUUUAAAGGUAACGAUGAAAACAAAAUGAUGAUUUUCCUAGUGCAUAAAGGUAUUUUCUUGAGUGAUAGUGAUGAUUUGUCUAAUGCUAAUCAAUUUUCAAGUUUUGUUGAGAAUCUUUUACCAGAUUUUGUGUAUGUAUUUCCCGAGGAGAUGCCAAGUGGACUGCCUCCCUUGAGAGGAAUUGAGCAUCAAAUAGAUUUUGUGCCCGGAUCCCAAAUUCCGAACAAACCAGCCUAUAGGUGUAAUCCGGAAGACACCAAGGAAAUCCAAAGGCAGGUUAAUGAGCUCUUAAACAAGGGGUUGGUACGGGAAAGUUUGAGUCCGUGCGCCGUUCCGGUCAUACUUGUGCUAAAUAAAGACGGAACAUGGAGAAUGUGUUUCGAUUGUAGAGCCGUCAACAAGAUCACGGUAAAGUAUCGUCAUCCUAUUCCUAGGUUAGACGACAUGUUAGAUGAGUUAAGUGGUUCUUGUUGGUUUUCUAAAAUUGAUCUUAGGUCCGGCUACCAUCAAAUCCGGAUGAAACCGGGUGAUGAAUGGAAGACCGCAUUCAAUACCAAUUUUGGUAUCUAUGAAUGGUUAGUGAAGCCAUUUGGCUUCUCUAACGCACCGAGUACUUUCAUGAGAUUGACGAAUCAUGUGCUUAAACCAUUCAUAAAUAGGUUUGUUGUGGUUUAUUUUGAUGAUAUUCUUGUGUAUAGUAAAGCUGUGGAUGAACAUGUUGAUCACUUAAGGCAAGUCUUUGAUGUUUUGAGAAAAGAGAAAUUGUAUGCUAAUCUGAAAAAGUGUGCCUUUUGUGUUGAACGUGUUGUUUUUCUUGGUUUUGUUGUGAGUGCUAGUGGCGUUGAAGUCGAUGAGUCAAAAGUAGAAGCUAUUAGGGAUUGUCCUACCCCGUCUAGUGUUACUCAAGUGAGAAGUUUUCAUGGGUUUUCCUAG